CUUCUUUCUUCUGAAACUUAUCACCAGAAAAUACACAAUGUCGGAGGUCGCGACGAGACCAUCAAAUCGCGGCAGAUCCUCCACCCGUGGAGGGCGCGGACGUGGAACCGCUCCAAGAACCACCAGGCAAACCAACGGACAUCUGAAUCCAUCAUCGUCAGAGAUGGAUUUCGCCGAUCAAGGCGAGCUUGGAGAGAUCAAGAAGAAAUAUCUCUCGGAGUUGUCGUCACUCAAAGAACUCUUUCCCGAUUGGACGGAGGUUGACCUGGUCUUCGCCUUGCAAGAGACUGAUGGUGACCUCAACAACACCAUCGAGAGGAUCACAGAGGGAACUAUGUCACAGUUCAACGACGUCAAAAAGAAAACCAAAGAUCGAUCUCGAUCGAAGGUCAACGACGCAACGCCCGCUUCAAUCGAAUCGAGCAAUACAUCACGUCCUUCGCGAGGGAAAUCUUCCCAUGAUGCACCCCAUCGUGCUCGAUCUUCGGCUCCGCGUAGCCGCGGUGCCCCUCGUGGUCGCGGCGGGCAUUCUUCGACCACCGGCACCCGACCACCGCCAGAACCUGUCUCCGUUCCAACAAACGAAUCUUCCGCCUGGGGAGACCCGAUUCCAGUUGCCGACACGGAUGAUACUACGUGGGAGAAGACUAGCGAAACCGCGGAGCCUACUGUGGCUCCUAAGACGUAUGAGCCGCCCAAGACGUGGGCAAGCAUGUUCGCCAAACCCAAACCCACUCCUACAUCAACAAAGAAGACUGCUCCCGAGCAAGUGCCUGUCAAACCCACAGGCUCUGCCGCGGAAGAAGUAGCUGAGCAGAAUGGCCUGAUUGACGCGGGUACUGCGGCUGAUGUGACCUUAUCAAAGGACACUGUUGAUGCGCCCGCCCCGUCCAUACCUACUAUCGAGACGACCAAACCUAGUGAUGUGCCAGUCGCAACCGCACCGGAUCUCUUCCCUUCACAGGACAAACUGACUGAGAAUAACGUGGAGCAUCUCCCCGACACUUCGCAUCCUGCGCCGACCGGGACUGCUGCAAGCACUGUGGCUAGCUCCGUGGCGCCCUCGGUUAAUCAAGCCGUUGGUCGAACCCCGGUGACAGGCUAUUCUGCGGUUGCGAUGAAAGCGGCUGGAAUUGCAGGAAGAAGCGCGAGCUUUACACGUCGUGUCCAGGAACAACAGGAGGCCGUCGUCAUGCCGGGCAACCAUCCUAUCGACCGGGCAACGGUCCAGUUUGGCAGUCUAGGGUUGAACGGUGAUUCGGAAGCCUUGGAUGUCGAUGACGAACGUGAGGAAUUAGAGACGCGUGCUCAACCGCCUCAACAUUCUCCCGUAACUCAACCUCGAACGGCCUUACCACCUUCCCGGCAAUUCCCUGCGCAGAACGAGCCAUCCAUUCAACCUGGCUUGCCCACACCAAAGCAAACGUCGAGUCUUCCACAGCCUAACCAGAUUCCACCCCAAUCGAUUGCCGCCCAGCAGGGUGUUCCGCAGCCGGGUCCGAGCCAACAGUACAGCCAAUUCGGUCGAUACGGACAGGCGACUACCCAGCCUGAACUGCCUUCACAGCAGAAAGCGUACGAUCCGUUCGGACCGCCUCAAAGCCAGCAAAGCGCCUUUGAGCAAUUCCAGAACCAAACAACUCAGGCCCAACAAAGCCAGGCUCACGCCGGGCCCCAGGUGUCUGCCUCAUCCGAUUAUCCCAACUACUACGCCUCUGAACAAUCGCGCGGUUCGCAACAGAACUACUAUGGAGCUCCCUAUGGCCAGCAGCCAUCUUCACAGCAAGAUUCGGGAGCCACCCAACAACGUACCGGAAGCGCUUUCGGUGUUGCUCCCUCAGACUCGUCGUUUGGGACUAGCCAAGCGCCACAGGCACCGAGCCGUUAUGGCGAACCUCAGACCAGCGGACAAAAUACCCCGAAUCCGACCAUCUCUGGUCAGCAGAACAUGGGUUCUCAAUCCCACCAAUCCCAACAUGCGCCUCAACCCCAUCAACAGAAUCAAUAUGGAAGUGGCGCACCUUUCGGCAACCCAUACUACAACAGUCAUUACUACAACGCCUACAUGAACCAGUUUGGCGGUUUCCAAGGUGGAUAUGGGCCGUACGGCAAGAGCGGAAUGUACGGGCAACCGCACCACAAUUAUGGCAUGUCUCCGCAGACGUCAUACGACCAACAUUCCUCAUCUCCCGGUACCAUGGCUGGAUUUGGACAGUCAAGCAUGCAUGGUCGUGAGGGCAUGUCCGGAGGUUUGAGUGAAUACUCGCGAACCGGGUCAUCCCAACCUCCCAACCAACAGCACUCGAAUAGCGGAUUUGGAGCGGCUCCAGAUGUCUUUAGCCGAUCCCAGGUGGGAUUCCCAAGCCAAGCACAGUACGGGCAGCAAGGAAGUGGACCGAGUGGUAGUGAUGAUGCUCUGAAGGCCUAUACGGAAAGCAAAGGAACGUCUGGUCCUAGUCAGGCUGCCCUUGGACAACCGGGACGUCCGAAUUCGGCCACCAACACCGCUCCCGGCCAAACCAAUCCUUCGGGACUCCCUCCCACCCAAUCCAAUCAACAAGGAUUUGGAG